AUGGAGGACGACAAAGACGAGAACCGCAUGAGUGAGGAGCGCAUUGUGGAAUCGAUGAGGGACAUUCUGGUUGGAGAACCAAGUCCACGAAUCAUCGAGCAGACUUUGGCCAAAUACUGCUCGAAGAACAUCGCGUGGCAGAUCCACGAUACGACGUACAGAUUUCACGAGCUGAUCCCAUACGUCCUCCAUUCUCGGAAUCGCAUGGUUGAUGCCGAGAUCGAAGUGACGCAUUUCCUCGCCAAAGGCAACAUGAGCUCUAAUCGACACAUCGUCCAUUUUUUCCGACACGACGGAACGACUUGCGAUCUGGAGUGCUUUCAGAUCAUCACCCUUGGCGAAGAUGGGAGAUACGUCGACAUUGCUGAAAGCACGCGUGUGACCAAUGACACGCAGAUGAAAUCUUUGUCUCCCGAACAGAGCAAAAGACCGGAUAAUGUCAGUGAUAUACAUCAUCUUUUCCCCCGUGUUGUCUUUGGAUUCGCUGAUCAAUGUGCAGCACUUGCCGACCGCUAG